AUGGCUAGUGAUUUGGUGAUCUGUGCUAUGUUGGUGUCUGAAAGUGUAGCGCGCCCUGGUGGGAAGAUGAUGAAUACAAUAAAAGGAACAGAGGACUGGAAAGACUGGGCAUGCGGUUGGUGUUUUGGAAGCCCAUCAUCCCAAGAAUGUUACGAUUCUUGUCGUGCUUCGUUGCCUGGAGGAGAAGCUAAUUUCGAUUGGCAAGACCUUAACAAAGCAGCUACAUUUGAUGGUUGCCGCCCAUAUCCUUUUCCUCCGUUUAUAGUUUGUGAUUAG